AAAAGCUGCUUAGAUGUCCGUAAAGUGAGCUCCAUUCAUCGACAAGACCCCGAAAUAAAUCGCCCAAAAGUCUGUGAGUGCCGUUGCGGCACACGGAGAGUUGCCGAAUAACUCGAGAUUGGCCGCUUGCCUCGUCAGGCUUGAUCUCGUCCUAACCCAAUCUACACACAUUCUCAACGACGCGGCCGACCUCAUCCCAUGUCAUCCAUACCGGACGCUGUGAUACACCAACGCUCUUUUCUCUUGUCGCCAGGUCGCGUCUAAUCGCGUACCGUCCCUCACAGGCGACCGAUGCAAGCACGACGCCCCCCGAGAUGUCGUAUUGCACGCAAAUGCCAGGCAAUUUCGGCGGCUUCUGAGGGAAUAUGGAUCACCGACCGCGUUCUUGCCAAUGCAAUGGAGCGCUAUUUCUCCGUGUCUCAGGCAGUCAUGUCACGGCGGCAAUCGAGCUCCGUACCCGGCCCAAUGGAGGCCCGUCGACGACUGGGCAAGAGGCAAAUGACCGAGGCCUUCCAGGUGCACCCAUCGCCGCCUCCGUGGGCAUUUGAAUUUCCGAUGGACCUUUCGAAAUGGCGUUGGGAGCCACCUGCCCUAGGCAACAUCUUCCGAGAUCCAACCCGCAAGACUCCAUCCGCUAACUCGCCCCAGUCGACACAUCAUAAGAAACCUCCAGAUAAAAUGUUUGGCCCACGUUCGGUACCUGGCAGUCCCUCGACUGUUGAUUUUGCAACCUACUUUGGCGCCCCAGCAACUGAGAUGAACCCCCCUGGACCAUCAGCUACUUGGCCACUUCCGAACACAUACCAGCCCACCCCGACAGUCACGAUGGACAUACCCAUGAGGAAGGGUCCUGAGCCCAUUAGUGUACAUGAAAUGCAUGGUUCUGAUAUAACGAACACGGACAAAAGAAGCGAGCGCUCUGUUGACUGGCCAGCGAGCAUUAUCGACCGAAGCAGCCAGACCUCCGUUUUCCUGGAGGAUAUCUUGAGUCUCCAAACUGCCGUUUGCAUCUUGUCGCAUCAGUCGGUCUACAAGAAAUUUCACACCUGCACUGGUGCCUUUUCUGAUUAUCUUAGACUCGGCCUUCUCUCACCUGCCGAGGCUCAGGUCGCCAUUGUUUACCUAGUCCAGGCGCUGCAAAAUUAUGCCGACGUAUCCACGAAGCCGCAAAAAGCUCGCAGACUAGCCGUUUACGUUUAUUCUGCUCUGAUUCAGAGCGUCGUUGGCAACCAAGCCCUUCUACUGGAGUUGGAAGCAGGCGGACUCGAUGGCUUUUGGGACCCUAUUUUGGAAGGGAUUGGCAGAAUGGCAACCAAAGGUUUGGUAACACCAUUCGUCUUGUUGAAACAGGUCAUGAUGGCACCCGGGAUCAAGCAGACAGCACACGUCUCUACAAUCCUCAAGAAACUUGCAGAAUCAUGGGUUGAGGAGUCCGAGACCAGGAACGCCGCAACCAUGAAGAGAAACGAGUCCUCGGGCUACUGGAAACUGCGGCUACCAUCUGUUGCUGUACGGACAAACCCUGGCAGGCAAGAUCCACUUGCUAUGUCUGCGCUGGUUGAGACUUGCUGCCAAGAAUUCGACUUUUACCUGGCCAGAAUGUCCGCCUUAACGACAGUACAGGAAGGCUCGAUCGCAUCAUCACUCAAGCUUGUCGAAGAUGCAUCCAGAUCUUUGCGGGCUUCUGAGCGCGCUCUGAACUAUGCACGUGUUGGCCUCCUUUCCUGUGUCGAUCAGUUGCGCGCCUGGAUGAUGGCCCAUUCGAUGCAGGAGUAUGACAAUGCAACCGCUGACAAGUUGGUACAAGCAUCCGAGAAAGCCAUUUGUGCCCGCGCCGUAACCAGCCAGCAAGGCGUCCGUAUUGCACUGCACGGGUGGCUUGCAGCACUCAGCCACAUGCCUCAGAUUCGACAAAAAUAUCUUCUCCAAGCAGCGGAUCGUGUGGAGAAGCUUGGCUGCGGACUCCCAACUGCGGAGCUAUACAUGUUGCUCCUGAAUAAAUGGUGCAGUCAGGGCAAGCUGACAAAUACUGCGGUGGCGUUGAUUGAGAAACGCAUGUGCCAAAGCACAGGAAAUAGCAGUGUUGGCCACCUACUGGAAGCUGUCGCUCAUGUCGAGAAGGUUGCGCCGCACAGCCUCAGGGCUCCGCUCACAAUUUUUUACACCAGCAUAUGGACGACAGCACGGUCAUUUGGAGAUGAAAAGCACAUCAUUCCUGCCCUAGCGAGGCUGCGAAAGAAAGGAAGGGCUCUGAGGGACUCGUGCUUGGAUACACUAGCUCAUAUAGUAUCGACUGGGCAUUCUCCUGAGGCUACUCUUGGGGAUGAGCUGCGCGGCCUCAUUCUCGCGGCAGAUGAGCUUCAAGCUUCAAAGGCACGAGCAGCUCCAACUCCCUCAGAAAGAGACGUUAUCAGAAAAAUGUCAGAAUCUCAUAGACCCGGAGAUAUAUUUACGGCCUUAGGUGUGCCUCUGGGCGGACGUCGGUCUGAAUGGGUGGAGCGAAGCAUGCGUAUGCGCCGCGACCACAGAUUCCAGAUAUCUAGCCGAAAAGCGGUACUCAUCGCCGAGUGCAGCGUCGUCCUCAGCAACCCAAGCCAUCCUAGGAGUACUGCAGCAUUCCGCUACGUCAAUCACUGUGUUCUCGUCCUCCUUCGCGAUGGGCGCCACAGGGAAGAAUUGGCAUUGGCCGUUCAAUCUCUAUUUAGAGUGGCAACCAGAAAUCUACACCAGGGCCUCAAAGCGAACCCCGGGCGGCUCACCUGGAUCACAUGGUUAGUGGCGCAUCUGGAGGGUAGUGAGUCUGGGGAGAAAGUCCGACAGGCACUGCUGAGGUGGAUGAGCCACAACGAUCAGAAGUGGAGAGAGUUUAACAAGGCAGCCACAAGGAGCCAGUGUGCCGUGGCGUAUGAUUAACUGAUGACGUCCCAUAAACUGUCUACCAUCUUUACUUCGUCACCCAGGGGAAUGAGGUUGCUCAAGAUUGAUCGAUCCAAGAACGUGUGUUUGUAUGAAGAUAUGUGUGCGUGUGUGUGGGGGAAUAGACGAUAUACUCACAUAAUGAUUGUGUAGAGGCAUUUAUUUGUAAGGUCAAGACUUUUCGAUUGUUAUUGGAUACCCUUUGAUACCUUGGCUGUUCUGCCCAUGGUGGCUAAAGUUAGAUCAGCUGCUACUUACCUUAGACUAGAACUAGACAUAUAACCAAUAAAGAAUUGGACUGUCGGUACAUUGCCAUGCACACAGAAA